GUGGGGCAGAGCGGUUUGGUGGUUCGUUGGAAGGGGUCCUUCCUGUGUCUCAGCUACUGCGGCUCUUUGGGCAGCAGCGGCUGCGCGGUGGUCGGAGAAGCGGCCUAUAAUUUCGGCAUUAGGUAAAACAAAAUGGCCCGAACCAAGCAGACUGCUCGUAAGUCAACGGGUGGGAAAGCGCCCCGCAAGCAGUUGGCCACCAAAGCGGCCAGGAAAAGCGCUCCCUCUACUGGCGGGGUGAAAAAACCUCAUCGCUACAGGCCCGGGACUGUUGCGCUUCGAGAAAUCCGUCGUUACCAGAAAUCCACCGAGCUUUUGAUCCGGAAACUGCCUUUCCAGAGGUUGGUGAGGGAGAUCGCCCAGGAUUUCAAAACCGACUUGAGGUUCCAGAGUGCCGCCAUCGGCGCGCUGCAGGAGGCUAGCGAAGCGUACCUGGUGGGUUUGUUUGAAGAUACUAAUCUGUGUGCCAUCCACGCUAAGAGAGUCACCAUCAUGCCCAAAGACAUCCAAUUGGCUCGCCGGAUACGGGGAGAGAGAGCUUAAGUGAAGGCAGUUUUUAUGGUGUUUUGUAGUAAAUUCUGUAAAAUACUUCUGUUUAAUUUGUGACUUUUUUUGUAAGAAAUUGUUUAUAUGUUGCAUUUGUACUUAAGUCAUUCCAUCUUUCACUCAGGAUGAAUGCGAAAAGUGACUGUUCACAGACCUCAGUGAUGUGAGCACUGUUGCUCAGGAGUGACAAGUUGCUAAUAUGCAGAAGGGAUGGGUGAUAUUUCUUGCUUCUCAUGAUGCAUGUUUCUGUAUGUUAAUGACUUGUUGGGUAGCUAUUAAGGUACUAGAAUUGAUAAAUGUGUACAGGGUCCUUUUGCAAUAAAACUGGUUAUGACUUGA